AUGGGUUCUACGAGCUUCGAAGUUGGCGAGACACCAAACCAUGGGAGACUCGAGCGACCUCAGCAAGGCAAGACCUCGACAGAGAGACCGGCUGGCGAACAACGAGACAGCACAAACCUUCACGAGUCGCCGUUGUUCAACGAUAACGAAGGCCACAUAACGGGCAUGGGCCAGCUUUCGGUCCCAGAUGGGGAACCAAAAAGCCGAUCAACUCGAGUUCAGUUCUAUGGUGGCUCAUCCACUGCCUCCCUUAUGCGUCUUGCCAGAGAAUCGAUGCCGUUGCAACUAGCGGAUAGUUCGCAUGCCGAACCUGCCUUCAAUACUAAACUUCAGGAUACAUUCACCGACCACAGGCUUGACGAAUUUGUCAUGCCGCCACGAGCCUUGGCAGAUCACCUUUUAAACUGCUUUUUUGAAAAGGUCUAUAUUCUCUAUCCUUUCUUCCACCGUCCAAGCUUCGAGGCGGCCUAUCGCAACAUCUGGUGUGCGGAAGACGAGCCCAAGGCCCCUAUAACAGACUUGAGAAUUGGAUUAGGAUCAAAAGCGGAUUCCGGAUCUAAAUCUAUUGUCUUUCAUUGUGCACUCAAUAUGAUCUUUGCUCUCGGCUGUCACUUCGCAGAUAUUGCACCUGAUGAACGUGAGCCUGUCGCCCAUUCCUUCUUUCUCCGAGCGAAACGCUUCAUUGGGCUUGAUAUUCUCGAAUUAAACACUCUUGGCGUUGUUCAAACAUUACUUAUCUCAGCUUUGUAUUUGCAAAGCUCUCCAUAUCCCAGUCGAUGCUGGAAUUCCGUUGGAGUGGCUUGCAGAGUUGCCCUCGGGCUAGGGUUACAUGGAUCAGAUAUUCUCGCUUCAUUGAAGCCUUUAGAAUCUGACAUUCGAAGGCGAACCUGGUAUGGAUGUGUUAUGCUAGAUAUUACCUUGAGCAUGACAUACGGUAUACCGAGCAUGACCACCCAUCUUGCUCCUGUUCCCCCACCCAGCGACUCGGAUACAUCUCACGACCAAGGUGAUAAUGAGGGGCCCUGCUUGAUGGCAUUCUAUAUCCAAGCUAUCAAGCUCUAUGAUAUACUGGACAGAAUUCUAGCGGAUGUUUACAAAGCCUGGCGGGGUCGGUCACGUCAAGGUCAACAAUCAUCGAAAUCACCCUGGACCACAAGCCUUGAAGGACUCGACACCGUCCUUGACAUUGAAAGGCAGUUGAACUGGUUUGAAACUAAUGUUCCUUCUUUUCUUAAGUGGAACUCUGCGCCGUCUGCAACGUAUACGGAGAGACAGUCAAACCUAGCAAUUACACAGCAGCGAAAUGUGCUUCACGCCAGGCUAGCACAGCGAGAAUCCGGAAGCACGGACAGGGGCAGGGAUGGGAAUGAGUGGCAAGCCAACUGGACCUCCGAUAAGAUACCGACGCAGAGUAUUCUAUAUUCCUCCAUGUCCAGCAAAUGCGCCACCGCUUGUGUGAUGUCAGCCAUUGAUCUUACUCAUUUAGUUCAUGAGACAUAUCAAACCAACGUCGCUGAUGCGUGGUGGUACAAUGGAUUUUAUGUAUCAACCGCCGCAAUAGUCCUGCUCAUGUCAUUCUCCGCCCCGUCUAUACUAGACUCAAUCGCGAUAAACAAGGCGCGAAAUGCCUGGCGCGAAGCAACUACGAUCCUCGCGUAUAUGGCUACAUUCAGCCGGUCUGCCAGCAACACACUUCAAUUUCUCGAAGCAGCUUGUCGUCAAACAGUAGCAGCAGUACCAAGUGAUUCACAUUCACAUUCACAACAGCCAGGGGCGGAACUUGCAGGUGAUGCUUCGUCGCAGAUUCCAAACAACAUCCUCCAGUCUUAUGAUACAUACGAUCAUCCAGAUAACAGCGACCUAACACAAGCCCCCUUCUUCAACUGGGAAGAAGUUGCUGAAAAUUUGGGACCGAGUCUUGACGAUUUAGGGUUCUUGACUCGUGUUGACUUUCCCAAUAGUUUUGGGUUGGACUGA